GAGACGCGGCGCUCCCGUGGUGAAUAUAUACCAGUAGCACUUUCCAAGCUAACCACUGGAUCAAAAUGACCAUAGCUGAUGCAUUCGGAUCAUACUCCGGCGCCGGUACCAAAAUCGUGGAUACGGCCUUGCUGACCUUCUCUCUUAUUGGAAUACAAGCAAUUUUAGACUCCAGCUUUCAAUGUCCUUCAAACGCAUACAGCUUGGCUCUUGGAGCCAUCUACAGCCUCUCGUUCUUCUUGUGUCCGGCCAUCGUCUUCAUCUAUCUGGGAUUGUACCAUUUCCCUGGCUUCAAUAAGAAGCAAUGCUGCCCGUGUUGGUCUGGCAAUUGGGCUUGUAUCUACGUUGUCAUGAAGGUUGGAAAAGCUCCACUGAUUUGGCUCCUGAUUGCGAUGACAGAUGGACGGUACCUGACCUGCUUUGUCGUGGUGGUCUCCAACUAUCGGCUAGAUCAUGACUUAUACUUAUUCAUAUUUCAGACCUCCGGAAUGUUGGCCAUCACCCUGUUUGUCGUGCUGUGGUACUACAUAUCGAAGUGCACCUGCCUGUGCCUGGAGGACAGUCGGCGUGCGUACGCGAUGCUGGCCGAUGUGGAGAAUAUUCUGGAAAAUGAUGAAACACAGAAAGAGAAAGACGAGGAGAAGAGGAAGUUCCUGUGCGCUCUGGAGCAUGACGGGGAGUACCUGGAUCGGAGAAUCCCCAAAUACAUGAGGGACAAGGAGGAUGUGAUCAGCGCCAAGCUGACCCCACCCCCUGCCAACAACUAG